AUGCUUCGGAUCAUGAAAAAGCUUCUCUUCACUGCUUCCAUCCAUCCAUCCACCACUUCAGCUUUCCAAUUCCAAUCUCUUGAUCAUGAUUGUCCUUCCUGCCUUCUACCUCCAAUGCCUCCCCUUCCCCUCGCCACCCUUCCCCUCCCCGCCUUCCCCUCCCCACCUUUCCCUCCCCGCCUUCCCUUCUCCGCCUUUCCCUCUCCGACGCACCCUCACCAUGCUCCAGAUACCUCAACGAUAACAGACAACAGGCUGAGUGGCACCAUUCCCGCCUGCAUCGGCAACCUCACCGCACUCACCAGCCUGUGCGCCCAUUCUCCCUCCAACCCCCCUUCACCGUCCAUCCCUCUUUCCGCCUGCCUCUCUGUGCCAAGCAUCGGGGGCACGCACUUCUCCUCCUCUCUUCUUCACUUCUCCUCCUCUCUUCUUCACUUCUCCUCCUCUCUUCUUCACUUCUCCUCCCCUCAUCUCCUCCUCUCCUCUUCUCCCCUCUUCUCCGAUUAUACUCUUCCCCCCUUCUCCGCUUCGUCUCUUCUCCUCGUCACCUCUUCCCCUCGUCUUCCCUCCUUCCCUCCAUGUCCAUUCAUCCACCCGUCGGUCUUCAGGGCACUCAACGCCAAUCGCCUCGCAGGGACGAUACCUGCUGCAAUCACCACGCUCACUAAUCUCGAAUACCUUCGCCUUGACCACAACCAGCUUACGGGAGAGCUGCCCUCCUUCCACCACAUGGUCCGUCUCACUUCGCAACGCGGACUGUUUGCAGACCACAACUACCUCACAGCCACAGCAGACCCUCUCCCUUUCAACGCCACCGGCCUAGAGGAUCCUGCAGAAUCCCACAGCUUGUGUCUGUUCCACCACAACUGCCUCGGACACAGCUCCAUCAACUGCGGCCGUUGGCACCUCCAGAAGCAACAGAAGCGCACCAGCGAGUGCCGGGCGUUCUGUGGGGCGCAGCCGCUCACCCCGCCGUGCAGCGGCCAUGGCGUGUGCUCCUUCGAGCCGGACCCGUCUGAGGAGAUGAGUGCCUUUGAGGAUGAGGAUGUGCCGCCGCCACCCUACUGUGAACCCGAGGGCCAGUGCGACUGUGAUGAGGGGUACACGCCAGGGCCUGCUGCUGGCACGUGUGUCCCUCAUGGUAUGCCUGUUGCUGAAUGCCCUCGCUAG